AGAGGUUGCUGGGAAACAGAGGCCCGAGGGGAGGUCGGGCCUACAAGACCCAGAAGCCUUAGCGCCGGCAAGACGGCCGGAAGUGGCUUUCCUCUCUCCCCAAAGACCCACGGGGGAUUCCGCCUUCUUCCUUUUAGACCCUUUCCCGGAUAGAGCGCUAUGCACGCAGGGACUUGUAGUCUCAGGCUCCCCGACCGGCGGGGCUUGGCCGCACUCCGGGCGGAGUCGGCGACCGCAGGAUGUGAGCUCACAGCCCGGGACUGCUGGUGGGCAGGCGGCUGUAGGCUAGGGGCGGCUCGGAGUCCGCUGGCCACCCAGCUGAGAGGAGAGGCGCCUCCGGGGACGCACUGAGAGUAUGAGGCUCUGGCCUCCACUGGCCACUCACUUGUGACCCUUUCCACCACGGCGGAGCCUUCCAAGCCUACCUCCUGCCGUGUGGUGAUCUACCUGCAGCGGGAGAUGUCGGGGGACACCUGCCUGUGCCCGGCCUCAGGGGCCAAGCCCAAGCUCAGUGGAUUCAAGGGAGGAGGGCUGGGCAACAAGUACGUCCAGCUCAAUGUGGGCGGCUCUCUGUACUAUACCACUGUGCGGGCCCUGACCCGCCACGACACCAUGCUCAAGGCCAUGUUCAGCGGGCGCAUGGAGGUGCUGACAGACAAAGAAGGCUGGAUCCUCAUAGACCGUUGUGGAAAGCACUUUGGCACCAUUUUGAAUUACCUCCGAGAUGACACCAUCACCCUCCCUCAGAACCGGCAAGAAAUCAAGGAAUUGAUGGCUGAAGCAAAGUAUUACCUCAUCCAGGGGCUGGUGAACAUGUGCCAGAGUGCCCUGCAGGACAAGAAGGACUCCUACCAGCCUGUGUGCAACAUCCCCAUCAUCACAUCCCUGAAGGAGGAGGAGCGGCUCAUCGAAUCCUCCACCAAGCCCGUGGUGAAGCUGCUGUACAACAGAAGCAACAACAAGUAUUCCUACACCAGCAACUCUGAUGACCACCUGCUGAAAAACAUCGAGCUAUUUGACAAGCUCUCCCUCCGCUUCAACGGCCGCGUGCUCUUCAUCAAGGAUGUCAUUGGCGACGAGAUCUGCUGUUGGUCCUUCUACGGUCAGGGCCGUAAGCUGGCAGAGGUGUGCUGUACCUCCAUCGUGUAUGCCACAGAGAAGAAGCAGACCAAGGUGGAAUUCCCAGAGGCCCGAAUCUAUGAGGAGACACUCAACGUCUUACUCUAUGAGACUCCCCGCGUCCCCGACAACUCCUUGUUGGAGGCCACAAGCCGUAGCCGCAGCCAGGCUUCCCCCAGUGAAGACGAGGAGACCUUUGAACUGCGGGACCGUGUCCGCCGCAUCCACGUCAAGCGCUACAGCACUUACGAUGACCGGCAGCUCGGCCACCAGUCUACUCAUCGUGACUGACCAGACCCUCAGAGAGUCAGGGCACGGGAGGCCCUAUCUCCCGUCCUGUGGAACCUGCCCUAUUGGCCACCCCAUGCUGCUGCUGGCUGGGUCUCUGCUCCAGCACCCAGAGGCAUGACAGACCCUGCUCGGAGGUCAGAGGGUCUGGGCAGAGGAGGGACCACAUUCCUCUGCCUUGCCCCCGAGCACUUACGGAGACUGAGUCCUGUCCUAUCUGCUCACCAUCACCCUUCCUGUCUGACAGGGAGCUGCUUUUGCUCCCUGGGGCAAAUGGACUGACCCACCUCCUGCUGAGAACCUUCCCCUAGGCCCUCUGUGGAAGGGCUACUGCCCCUUAGGCCUCAGCUGAGGCCCACGGGGAAUGGGUUCAUUCUGGGGAAAAGGCCGCUCCUGGUGGCGUAGAGGCCCAGUUUUAUAAUGGAGGGUGGGAUGUCUUUUUUCCUAAGGUGUUUAAGCACAAGGCUUGGUGAGUUUGGUUUUUAAAAAAUAAUCUAGGAAAUGAAUAGUUCUAAAUCUAGUAACGAGGAAACUGGGCAUUUCUUUUGCCCUCCAGGGUGCCAAGACCCUACAUAUGGCAGAACCCUUGGCCCUUCUCCAUGCCUGUGGGAUCUGUUUCUUUAAAGCACUUUGUACUGUUAUUCAGGAGGUUGAUAUUCUCCCUGACCCAUGUCUUUCUAUCCUAAUCCCCGCUUCCCUGCAGAAUAGAGGAUAAAGAGGGGAUAAAGAGGAAGCAAUAAAAAAACAUCCAACAAAGCAGCUCUGGCUUUGCCAGCCUGGCCAGCAGCUCAGAGUGCACCGAGGAGGGAAGGAUGGCUAAGCUGGGACCUGCAGUCCUCACAGGGUGCCUGCAAGAAAAGACAUUUUACCCCCCCCAUCUUAGAGUCACAUCACUGGCUCCUAGGUCUAGCAUGACGGCUCUUUAUGGUUCUCUUGAGUACCCUUGGCUUCCAGCCAUGCUGUCCUCACAUACGGUAAAGCCAAAGAGCUGUCACGGGGGCCAGAAGCAUGAGCCACGGCAGGAAGACCGUGGAGCCCGUGGGUACUGCAUGGUGUUGCCUGGCAUGCCCAUCAGCUGAGGACAGCAAACUCAGAGCACGGUGCUCCCAGCAGCCCCUGCACAGAGGUGGCCCAUGCUUGGCCACACAUCUACCCCCUGCCCACACCACCUAUGGUCUUGGUUUGUCCUGGCUGGGAUGGUGGUUCUGCCCAGUGGUGUCUCAGUGCAGGAUGACAGGAGCAACCGAAGCACCCUGAAGGCCUUCACUCCUUGUUGGGUAACUCAGCCAUGGAGAUGCCAAGCACUAGCCAGGAGGUAUGUUCCUCUUUAGGGCUUUGGUUUUUAUUUCUUUUUGUUUGGCUUGGCCAAACCAGAAUUCAGCUUAUCUGAAUUAUUUUCCAAAGGAAUGCUAUCAGGGAGGGACUGUUCUGCCAGCCUAACAAAGCAACGUAGCCACAUACUGUACCCACUUUCCGCUCUUUGGAGAGAACACAGGUUAUCAAGUUUAUCCCUCUUAACUACUUUUAUGAUAGCUGAUGCCACAGAGCCUAUGGGCAAAUGCCAGACCCAGGGUUAGACACUCACAAGGACCUGAAGUGACAUGACGGUGGGACAGGGGAAAUGUGACUUUCUAAUUAGGCAUUUUAUGUUAGUCACAGUCUUGAAUGUAUAAAUAGCACUAAGACUCUCAGGUCAGGUACCUUGGUGACCAGCUACUAGUUCUUCCAGCCCUCAUUGAGGUAACAAGAUAAAGACAAAUCCAUUUAUUUGGCCAAAUUCAGGCUUUGGCUUUGUGACUUUCCCACAGAGACCGGAAUGCGUGGGCCUGAGACCACUGGCCUAUUUUCUCAGCUGCCCUCUUGAGGUCCUUUAAUACUCAGAUUCCCAGCUCCCCACUGAGGUGUUUUGAUGCUUCCUUUUGACCUCCCCAUCCCCUUUAGUCCCUGCUUACCGCUUUGACAUUCACAUCCUCAGUGUCUCGGUCUUUCUUGCCGAGAAAGCACAGUAGCCUGGGACUGGGCAUUUAUCUUCUCUGACUGAAAAUAUCUCCUUGGUCUUAAGGAAAAUACUAACAUUGAACUUACUGACAUGAUCUUAGCUUCUUAAAUCAGACUUUGUGGCUUAAAAGUUUGGGGGUUUUCUUUGAAAGUUUCCAGCCCUAUUCAGAAAGCAACUCUUGGCUGUGUGCAUUUUUCAACUCCAAGCAGCCCAAGGGUAAGUAAACAAAAAAGUAUGGAUGAAGGUCAGACUUUCUUGUCAGUUUCUGAGAAACCUGGCAGCCUGCUGUUAACAACACAGACCAGUAUUGGAUUUUAUUGAAUUUGGUAUGUGACCAAGGUCGGCCUAAAGGAUGGCGCAGGGUCCUGGGCAGGAGAGAAUUUUUCCUUUAUCACAUAACUGUAAUAUUUGGUUGCUCAGCAUUAGUGAUGGAAGUAAACACUAAUUUCUAAUAAAAUUGUGUUAAACUCAA